GUGAGUGACGCGAAGGCGGUGGCGGCAGUGGCGGUGAUGGCAGCGGCCCCCUCGUAUCUUCUCGCUGUCCUCUCGCGCAGGUGAAUGGCUGCGAGAUGGAGAACGAGGGGAGCGGCGGGAGUGGGGGCUCGGCCGGGCUCCUGCAGCAGAUCCUGAGCCUGAAGCUGGUGCCGCGGGUGGGCAACGGGACGCUGUGCCCCAACUCCACCUCCCUCUGCUCCUUUCCAGAAAUGUGGUAUGGUGUGUUCCUGUGGGCACUGGUAUCUUCUCUCUCCUUCCACGUCCCUGCUGGAUUAUUGGCACUAUUCACCCUCAGACAUCACAAAUAUGGUAGGUUCAUGUCUGUAAGCAUCCUGUUGAUGGGCAUCGUGGGACCAAUUACUGCUGGAAUCUUGACAAGUGCAGCCAUUGCUGGCGUUUACCGAGCUGCAGGCAAAGAAAUGAUCCCUUUCGAAGCCCUCACCCUAGGUGUAGGCCAGACAUUUUGUGUAGUGGUCGUUUCCUUUUUACGGAUUUUAGCAACUCUAUAGCAUCUGCUUACAGACUGUGAUAGAACAGACCCUGAAGAGAGGAUUUCAGAAUAUUUAUUAAGGAAGGGCAUUGCUACAAGUGGUGAUAAUUUAUUUAAAGUUUUUCUAAUGAAACAGCUUGAACAAGUGCGUGUGAAGGCCUGCUGUCUUGAUCCCUUCUAUGAGCCAAAGACCUUUUUGGUGAAUUCUAAAUUUCUUAUUUAAAAAAAACAAAACCAUAGGGUUCAUCAGCUUUCCUCUUUGAAGAAACAUCAACCAUUUAAGCUCUUUUGUAAUUGUACAUAGAACAGCACAGCAGUGCAUUCGGAUCAUCCUUUGUGCCAGUAUUCUCAAGGACCUAUAAGAAAACGCAGCCUCAAGUGUUUUAAGAAGAUCUACACAAAAAUUGGACUAUUGUAAAGCAAAAUAUGCCAUGCUCAGAGACUGAUGUCUGAGGGGAUCAGACCUUAUUGAAGUUAGCUUUUCCAACUUUUAUUUUGUUACAUUUUUGUGACAGUAAGUGCCAAGUAGGUUUUUCUUUGAGGUGUAUAACUGAAAACAAACGUGGUGAUAUACUGUAGCAGGGAAAUAUACAUGAAAUGUGACAAUAAGAACAGCAUUGGUUCCCGCUAUUUAAAGGAAAAAAGUAACAACUACUGAAUGAUGAUACUAAGGGAGUUAAAUAUUUUGAUCUCUGACUAUUUAACAAUUUGUAAUGAGCUAAUGAGAACUUCUAAGAUUUUUCUUUUAAUGUGAAAAUGCAGUUUUGUAUUAUCAAAAUAUGCUUGCUAAUUCAGACAGUUUUUUUCUGAAUACCAGUCACCUGCACCUUCCUUCUCAUUCUCUGUUAGAUUUAUUUGAUUUUAUUGAUAAGGUGCCCAAUAGAAAGCAACUUGAACUGAAUAAUUUUUAGCUUGACUAGUCAGAAUGCACUUUAGUGAUUAAAGCAGAAAGAAGGGGAUUCUUCUCCAGGUCUGCUCUCAAGGAAUCUUAUUCUAAGUGGGUGCUCCUUCUGAGAUCUUGGCUUGUAGAAGUUUGGCUUGAAGUAAGGUUGGUGCUCUUGAUUAAACAUUUAGUCUUAAAUAUUUACAAUGUAAAAACAUUACCCAGUUGGAUCAGAGCUCUUUUAUCCCAGAAAGUGCCUAAAGUUAACUCGUUUAUUUUUCUUAAUUCUCUCCUUUCUUUCACAUCCUGCCCUUUAAAUUGGAUCACAGAUUUUCCUCAAGAAAAUUUAUAUUUUACUAUGCCAGGAAUAAACUUCAGAAUUAUUUUAGCUAAGUUUUUGUCCUUUUGUUGCUCAUUCACUAAAUGUAAAUUAAAGAUUUAUUUUCAUUCACUAUAGGCCUGAAAACUGUGACCUUAAAGGUGAGAGGAUUAAUUAGUAGGAGUUAUAUAAAUUAUAUCCAGGUUGAUAUUUACUAUCUAAUUUGUCAUAGCACAAAAUACAAUCAAUUUUAGGGUCUUCUGAUCUGGUUCUGGAAUAAUUUAGAUUGCUUAAAGUAAUUACAUCUUAAUCCUUAAAUGAAAAAAAAAUAAAGGUAUUAUUAUUAUUAAUUUUUUUGUGUGUGGGGCAGUGAGGGUUAAGUGACUUGACACAGCUAGUGUCAAGUGUCUGAGCCCAGAUUUGAACUCGGGUCCUCCUGAAUUCAGAGCCAGUGCUUUAUCCGAUGCUCCACCUAACUGUCCUCAAGUUAAAGUAUUAUUAUUACUAAAUAACAGUCCAAACUAACACACAUAUAAACUAACAGAUAAAACUAAUCAAAUAAGAGGACUAUACAGAAAAAUCAUGAAGGAAUUACACACAGAAUAAAAGCUAAUUUAUCACUAAUAGAACACUUACCCAAAUCAUAAAUGCCCUAUACUUAGGAGAAGUGAAAACAAGUAAUGUCAUUCUAAUCUGACAAUUUUGAAUUCUCACUUAGUAACCAUUAUUAAAAUCUUGUGGUAGGUGGUGUUACUCAGUAGGUACAUUUUCACACGCUUCCCACAUAAAUAUCCAAUAGUUACUCUAUUUAUUGCACAGAGUGAAUGAUAAUUUGUCUUAGAGACCACUUAGGCUUUUGUUUGGAUUCACCAAAGGAAAGCAAGGUAGCAAAUUUAAAUUUAAUUUAGGGACCCAUCCUGGGUCUCAGAUAUGCAGAUUUUGGGGGGGGCCUUCUGGAACCUGUGUUCCAGAAAUUGUAUGAGUGCUUUUCUUCUCUUUAGACAGAAGUUGCCAUGUGACAGCUGUCAUUUAGGUGAUACCUUGCUAGACCCUAGCUUUGAUUUUCAGUGGGCCUUGGGAUAGGCAUGAAUGGUAACUAGCAGCCAUUUUCUUAUAUUCAGCUGUUAAGGUUCUCAGGCUUCUGAAUGUAUUUUGAUUUUUUCUUCUUCUGUAGUCUCAUAUGGUUAGAAUCUAUGUCAUAAUGUUGAGUCUAUGUUUAAAUUUAAACUGAGCCCGAAGUGUUGCCUUUAAGGUUUUGAGUCAGGAUUGAAUCCCAGGUUUCCUUCAUUGAAUCAACCAACCGUUAGCCAGAAAAGCUACCAGUACUUCUCUGUGUUGAACAGACUCCAGCUACAGCACUCUCACAAUCAUUUUGUCCUUAUUUCUUACUACCCUGCCCAUCGCUGGUACCUUCAAAAUAAAAAUCAGAUCAUAAAGAUGAGUGGCAUUAAAAAAUUUUUUAAACUUAUUCUCAUUCUAAUACUUCAGUGGCUCUGUGAUGUUGAAGAUGUAGGUGUUCCUGUCCAGUGAUGUAGAUUGCAGUCCAUCCAUUGCCGUCUCAUCCUGUGGAACUCUUGACUAUGACUUCUCAUAAAAUCUCCCUUAGGGAGUUGACCCAGUGUGCUUGGGGCCUUCCUUUAGAUCACGGAGAUAUUUAAUCUUGAGGUAUUUCUUUCAAGGAUCUUUUUGGUUGAGUACAUUAGUUCAUUUCAGGGGACUGCGACUUGCAAAAAUACUCAUAAUUGGAAAUUUCAGGUUAGGGUUAGUUAUGUUGCAGCACACUAUUGGGUCAUUUAACAGGGUUUUAAGAGAUUAUUUUGAUUCCUUUGUUCCACAGGACGUAUCCAUGACAGUUGUAUGCAAAGGGACAUACACACACACACACACACACACACACACACACACACACAUAGUUACUGUUACGGUUCCAGGGUUUAGUUGUUAUGUUCGAGCCAAAGCACAAAGAAUAAGGCAUCUGGAAAGUCCUAGUUUCCAUCUGCUUUCUUUCUCAUCCUUUUUUGGUUUAGCUGCUCUUUUGUCAGCAUAUAGCAUAUAUAUCCUCAAAUUACUGGAUAUUCAGUGUUCACAUGGUCAGUCCCAAUAUGUGAUGCGCUCUUUUGAAUGCUUUAUGAAUGCUGUACAGAGAUUUUAUAUGAAAUGUGUGGAGCUUGACUUAAGUAUUCAGGGAGCAAUUAUUUAUGUAAUGAUAAACUAUGAAACUUCUACUUUUAUUCUAUCAAAUAUGCAGUUAGGUAGAAAAGAAACUGAUGCUUGGUUUGAACGACACUUUCAUAUGUUAGAUGGGUUUUGGAACUGUUUUCCCUUAAAACCCCAAAUUUCCUAAGGACAGAUGAUAAUUUCCCUGUUUAAUUCCUUCUGUGUAAAAAAGAAGCUGAUAAAACCAAUAUUGUGCCUCUUCCUUGGGUUUUUUCCCCUUCCUUAUAAACCACCAAAGCUGAUCUUUCAUGUCUUUAUUGUGGCACUUUGUAGUGGAAAAUGAGCUUUCUCAUAAUGUUUCUAAAUGUAACAAAAUGAAUUCCAGAGUGAAGGAGAUGAUGGGGUCAAAACAUAUCUUUAUUUCAGGGUCAUCAGCAUGGUCUUCUACUGUUUGUUUGUUUUUUUUUUAAAGUAACAGAAACCUAACCUUUUAUGAAAUGUGGAGCCAGUGAGAUAAGUUUUGUACAUGCACAGAAAUACCUUCUACAUUCUCUUAUAUGUUUAAAUUUAUUCAUUUGUUGGACUUUUAAAAACUUUUCAGUCCAACCUUAAUUUCCUAAUUGCUGUGUUUUGUUAUGGUCUUGAUACAUUCUAAAGCCUAAUUGGAAAAAAAGAAACACCAAGGAACAGUUUUGUUGCAUGUAAUGCCCUGGUGCCAUAUUAACUGUCUACAUUGGGAAGGCUCUGCACACACUGUCUGCUGGUUGUAACUCAAACCAGCUUUCCCUUUUGUAUUAAGAUUGUUUCACUAACUGCUAUAGUCAAUAAGAUCAAAUCUUUGUAUGAGAGAAAAUAACAAAUUUUAUUUUUCUACUGACAUUUCUAAUGCUGGUGUCAACGUUUACCAAUAAAAAUGAA